AUGGGCCAUGAAGAGAUGUUGUCAAAGCGUUGUCUUUCCAGUGGAGUGCAAAUGGCUGCUCCCCCUCUGGCCCAGUCUCCCUUGUCCUUUGAGGAGGUGACCGUAUAUUUCACCAAGGCUGAGUGGGCCCUGCUGGAUCCGAGCCAAAAAUCUCUGUAUAGAGAAGUCAUGCUGGAGAACUAUGGGCAUGUGGCCUCUCUGGAACACAGGAUUGUAAGAGAGACUAUAGUGGAGAGCAACGAAGGUUUUGUGUCAGAAGAAUGGCUGGAGAGUUUCUCAGGAAGAUCUCAAGAGACUUUUUCUUUACCAAAUGAGCUGCCUGCCACAGCAGAUGCAGAGGAGACAGCUGGGGAAUUCCAGAGAUUCUCUUUGGAAAAUGCCAAGAAUGAAGAUGCUGAAGGAAAGUUGGGAGAUGGAGACAGAGCACAGAGUCAGGAGGAAAGCCAUGCAGGGGAUGAUUGGCAGAAUGAGGAGGAUGAGGAACUGCAUCAUCUAUUGCCAGAUGAAAUAAAGAAUGAAGAUAUGAGGGGAAACUUCAGGAAUCAAGGAAGACCCAAGAGGCAGAAAGGCAGCCAUGUGUUCAAGAAGAGGGGUAAACCCAUUCCUUGCCAAGGGGAGGAUUUCCAAGAAGUCUUUCACAGGGUGGAGGAAAUGCAUUUAAAAAUGCACAGUGGAAAGAGCACUCAUCAAUGUCUGGAGAGUGGAAAUACCAUGAUUUGCAGAGCAGAGCUUUGUAGACAUCAAAGAACACAUAGAGGAGAGAAACCUUACAGGUUCUCAAAUUGUGGGAAGAGCUUUCCAGAGAAAUCAGACAUUGUUCAGCACCAAAGAAUUAACUUAGCAGAGAAGCGAUAUUCCUGCUCAGAGACUGGAAUGGUGUUCUCUGCUGGAAGAAAGCAUAAUGUACACUUCCCAAAACCCAGCAUAAUGAAGGCACAUAAAUGUUUCAAGUGUGGAAAGUACUUCAGAAACAGGUCACAUCUCAUUGCACACCAAAAGAUUCACAGAGAGGAGAAACCAUUUGAAUGCUCAGAGUGUGGGUGGAGAUUCAGUCGGAGUAACGAUUUACAACAGCAUCAACGAAUCCACACAGGGGAGAAGCCUUUUGAAUGCUCAGAGUGUGGGAAGAAAUUCAGUCGGAGUGGCCAUUUUCAGCAGCAUCGACGAACUCACACAGGGGAGAAGCCCUUUGAAUGCUCAGAGUGUGGAAAGAGAUUCAAUCGUAGUGACAGUUUUCAACGGCAUCGACGAACCCACACAGGGGAGAAGCCUUUUGAAUGCUCAGAGUGUGGGAAGAGAUUCAAUGAGAGUGGCCGUCUUAAAGAGCAUGAACGAACUCACACAGGGCUGAAGCCUUUUGAAUGCUCAGAGUGUGGGAAGAGAUUCAUUCGUAGUUGCACUCUUCAAAAACAUCUUAGAAUUCACACAGAUGAGAAGCCCUUUGAAUGCUCAGUGUGUGGGAAGAGAUUUCAUUGGAGUGACCGUCUUCAAGAACAUCAACGAACCCACACAGGGGAGAAGCCCUUUGAAUGCUCAGAGUGUGGGAAGACAUUUAGUUGUAAUGGCAAUCUUCAAAAGCAUCGACGAAUCCAUACAGGGGAGAAGCCCUUUGAAUGUUUAGAGUGUGGGAAGAGAUUCAGUUGGAGUGGUCCUCUUCAACAGCAUCAACAAAUCCACACAGGGGAGAAGCCCUUUGAAUGCUCACAGUGUGGGAAGAGAUUCAGUUGCAGUGGCUCUCUUCAACAGCAUGAAAGAGCCCAUACAGGGGAGAAGCCCAUUGAAUGCUUAGAGUGUGGGAAGAAACUCAGUUCCAGUAACAAUCUUCAAAGACAUCUAAAAACCCACACAGGGGAGAAACCUUUCAAAUGUUCAGAGUGUGGGAAGAGAUUCCGUGAGAGCGGCCACUUUAAAGAGCAUCAAAGAACCCACACAGGGGAGAAGCCCUUUGAAUGCUCACUGUGUGGUAAGACAUUCACUCAAAGAAGCCACUUAUAUCAUCAUCUAAGAAUCCAUACAGGGGAGAAGCCUUUUGGAUGCUCAGAGUGUGGGAAGAUGUUCAGCCGGAGUGCCAGUCUUCAACAGCAUCAACGAACCCACACAGGGGAGAAGCCCUUUGAAUGUUCAGAGUGUGGGAAGAGAUUCAAGUGUGGGCAGAGAUUCUGGCAAAGUGACACUCUUCAGCAGCAUCAACGAACCCACGCAGAGGUGAAGCCAUUUGAAUGCUCAGAGUGUGGGAAGAGAUUCAUGCACAGUGGCGCUCUUAAGAAGCAUCAACAAACCCACACAGGGGAGAAGCCCUUUGAAUGCUCAGAGUGUGGGAGGAGAUUCAAUCGGAGUAGUUCUCUUCAACAGCAUCAACAAACCCACACAGGGGAGAGGCCGUUUGAAUGCUCAGAGUGUGGGAAGAGAUUCAGUCGGAAAGGCACCCUUCAACAGCAUCAACGAACCCACUCAGGGGAGAAACCAUUUGAAUGCUCAGAGUGCAGGAAGACAUUCAGUCGGUGA